UUGAUUGAUUGAUUUAUCAGCAUUCGUGGUAUAUCCAAUGCCCAAUUUUAUUUAUUUAUUUUAAAUUUCAUCCAUCCGUCCAUCUGUGUCAUGCUGAUAAAGGUUUUUGGGUUUCAGUAUUUUGAAGAGAUUACAUGUCUGGCUGGCUUGCCUUAGACACUGAUGAGAAGUUUGCAAAAAUGAAAUAUGAACUGACGCUAAUAUUUGGUGUUACUUGUCCCGUCUAUGGUCCCAAGUUGCCAUGUCACGGGGAACUCCUUUAUUUGUACUGAUCACUAAUUUAUCCUGGGUAAUUUUUCACAGAACAACCAUAACUCAUUAUUCAUGCAUUAUUUAAAAUCUACCAUGUGUCUCUGCCACACAACUUCUCCCUCCCCUGUCAUGCCUCUGUGUGUUUAAGCACCUUGGAGAACUCCGCUCCACAGCAGAGCGCUCCGCAGAACUUGAAUCAGGAUCGUGCGUAAAUUACGUCAAAUCCGGAAGAAGCAAAUGCAGCACUGUCAGGACAUCACUGGUGCUAUGGAAGAUCUGGAUUGACUGAGUGCCCCUAUAUUCUUCCUUUAUUUGAUCGUGUUUCACUGGAUUGGCUGUGGCUGCUGCCAUUCAAUACAUCGGCUGUGGGUAUAAACAGCAUGGCCAUCGCACAUUCCAGCUGGUCUAAAUAUAUCUAUUAAGGCCAGAGGAGGGGGGGGGACUGGAGUAGGGGGGAGUGUAUCCUGGGACAUUCACUGUCGUGGUGAUCCAGCACCACUUGAAUCACCUGCUGAAGAGCCACAGAGGAGAAACUGUCCAUAUCCAAACAUGCCCUCUGGUUAUAAUGUGAGAUCCAGGGCUCGGGAGAGGAACAGCGUCCUGAGCAGACCCGAGUUCAUGUCCCUGAACCAGCAGCCCCCCCGCGCAGGCACAAGCGGGGCCAGCAACAGCGGCGGACCCGGACCCUCUGAGAGCCGAGGAAGCGGUAAGAGACCGGGUCAAAUGAAGCACCAAACGAGCCAGUCAACGGAAGAACCAACCGACAACGGCAGCAAGGACCGAAGAGAGUCCAGCAAAAUGCCGGAGGAGGACUGCAUGCAGCUGAACCCUUCUUUCAAGGGGAUAGCGAUAAACUCCCUCCUCGCCAUUGACAUCUGCCUGUCCAAGCGCUUGGGAGUGUGCGCCUCCACGUCGUCCUCGUGGGGAGGCUGCCGUUCCAUGGUGGCCCUGCUGUCUCUAACAGGACACGGCAUCACGUGGAUCAUUGGCACCAUUGUGUGUCUCACGAGGAGUAACACUUUGGCAGGGCAAGAGGUCUUGGUCAACCUGCUGCUUGCCCUAUUUCUUGAUGUCAUGACCGUGGCUGGCGUCCAAAGACUGAUUAAGCGCAGAGGACCCUGGGAGAUGACCGCGGGCUUCUUGGACUGUGUGGCCAUGGACACCUACUCCUUCCCUGCUGCUCACGCCAGCCGGGCCGCCAUGGUGUCCAAGUUCCUGCUGUCCCACCUGGUCCUGGCUGUGCCACUCCGCAUCCUGCUGGUGUUGUGGGCCUUCCUUGUGGGCAUGUCCCGGGUGCUGCUGGGAAAACACCACCUAACUGACAUGGUGUGUGGCUUUGCACUCGGCAUGCUCCACUUUAGCUUGAUGGAGUCAGUGUGGCUCUCAUCUAGCACUUGUCAGACUCUUAUUUCAAUUAGCACGUUUAGCUGGAGUCCCUUUUUCUGAGCUUUUGAUAUUAUUAUGCUAGCAAACAAGGCUAAUUUGAGACACUGAAGAUGCUAUGUUAGGGUCUUGUCAUUUUUUACGCAAGAGGGGAAAUCUGUCAUUGCAGGGUUUGAACAGAGAAGCCUUGAUAUUUUGAAUAGGAUGCUGCAUGUUACGCCCAAGGCAGAAAGUUUGGUCACAUGACCAUACAAGACCUAAAUAAUGCUUCAUGAAUCCUUUGCCUAAAUCUACUAACACACACCUCUACUCCUCCUUAAUUUUAGUAGAUAGUGACAAUAAAGGGUAAACUAACUGAAAACUGACAAUAAUAUAAUGAAAUGUACACUCAGAUAUUUUUUGAUAUUUGAUUUUAUUUCAUCCUUCACUGAACCUCUGCCUAUGCACCAAGUUCUCUCUUGAGUGUGUGCCUCUUCCUCUUUACCAACCCACUUCCUUCUCUGCUAAUUCUUCCUCUUUCUUCCUUUUAUGUGUUUUAUCUUUUUAAUUUUUGUGUUUUUUUUUUUAUUUAAAACACUUAAACCAUAUGGAACACUGAAUAGAGUUUGGUGCCUACAACUUUAAUUAUGGAUGUAACACUAACGUAUUAAAGGGAUUGUUGUUUGGAUAGUCCAUACUGUUUCUAUUUGGCAUGACUUGUAUGUUAAAGACAGGAUUUUGUUCUUUUUACAUUUUGUUUGUGAAAUAUGGACUUAUUUCUUGAUGCUGCUGAACUGUUUGCUGCUUGUGUAAACAAAUGUCUCACUUGCACAGAGGUUGGUAUUUUUCUUAUGGGAGUCAAACGUCAUUUUUUCAAAGUUCCAUUCAUUAUUUUAUUACGUUUCAUUUUUGUUUUUUAUUUUGAGCAGAUACUUUCCAUUCUGGGUUGCUUUGGACUGUGAAUUAGCUGCAUAGAUACCUAUGGUUUUAUUAACUCCAUACACCAUUAAACUGAAGUGUUUGUGAGUGUGUGUGUGUGUGUGUGUGUGUGAGUGUGGCACACAAAGUGAAAUAUUUGUAUGAAACAUCUGAACAAAACGUUUUGAUUAAUCCAUGUUUCUAAGGACCUUUGAAUGAAACCUGCCUUUCUUAUUGUUUAUUUCAGUGCAUUGGUUUGGUGUGUAAAUACAGUUUGUGUACAUUAAUUGACUGUAUUAUUUAUACAGUAUGUCAUGUUUUUACUUUGUUUUUACUGUCUCGUUAAUAAAUUGAGAUGGGCUGUCAGUAAAACUUG